AUGGGUUGCUUCAACACUCAUGCCUCUGGGACUUUGGACCCACCUGAGGUCCGCAAUUGGCGGAUCCACACCAUUGCCCUUAUCGCUUCCAUGUCCGCGCUAGCUAUGGGGUAUGAUACCGCCGUCAUUGGUGGCACCAUGGCCCUCAACUCGUUCAUCCGAGACUUUGGAAUGAACGAUAUUGCCAAGGCCAACCGUGAUACUAUCCAGGGAAACAUUGUUUCCACGUUCCAGGCCGGAUGUUUCUUCGGUGCACUUCUCGCGUUCCCUUUCGCCGAGCGUAUCGGGCGAAAGAAGACCAUGAUAAUAGCCUCUACUGUUUUUCUCCUCGGCGGCACUCUUAUGACUGCCUCGAAUGGUAAAUUGAACAUGAUUUAUGGUGGCCGUGCCGUAGCUGGCCUAGGCAUUGGCGCUUCAUCCAUGGUGGUACCCGUAUACAUUUCCGAAACAGCCCCGCCUUCCAUCCGUGGCCGACUCGUCGGUAUCUUCGAGAUUGCAUCACAAGGUGGUGGUAUGCUUGGGUUCUGGAUCAACUAUGCCUGCGAUCGAACCAUUGAUGUUAAUACCAGGACACAGUGGAUUGUCCCACUUGCUGUCCAGCUCAUCCCGGGCUUGCUGCUUCUCCUUGGGGUUGCAUGGUGCCCCGAGUCACCACGGUACCUUGCAAAGAAGGACAACUUUGAAGGCGCCGAGCGUAUUCUGUGCCUGAUUCGCGGCCUCGAUGAAUCGCAUGCUUACGUCCAGCAUGAGAUGAGUGAGAUCCGUGCCCAAGUCGAAGAGCGCAGUGCCAACCGCCAGAGCAAGAAGGCCCAGUUCAUGAAGCUCUUCCAAAAGGGUGUCCGCAAUCGCAUGGCGAUCGGACUUGCUCUCAUGUUUUUGCAAUCAUUUACAGGGGUAAACAUCAUCACCUACUACGCACCCCGCAUCUUCGAGACACUGGGUAUCUCUGGUACAUCGCUCAAGCUCUUCUCUACCGGCUUUUACGGAAUCGCGAAGACGCUUGGUAUGUUCACUUUCACCUUUAUUGUCGUUGAGAAGGUGGGACGUCGCAAGGGUUUGAUCUGGGGUGCCGCUCUUGGAUGUAUCCCAAUGUGGUAUAUCGGUGGCUACGUCAUGAAGGCGGAUCCAGCUGCAGCCGCAUUGAGAGGGGAUGUCUCGCGAAACGCGUGGGGUUACCUUGCCAUGGUGUGCGUGUACAUCAACGCGUUCAUCAUCUGCGCUACAUGGCAAGGAAUCACCUGGACCUAUGCAUCCGAGAUCUUCCCAUUGGACAUUCGCAUGCUCUGCGUCUCUCUCACUACCGCCGACACCUGGCUUGGUUCUUUCAUCAUUGCGCGAAGCACUCCGUACAUGAUUUCUGAUCUGGGUUACGGCGCGUACUUCUUCUUCGCCUCCAUCCUGGUUGGAAUGGGUAUUUGGAGCUUUUUCUUCGUACCCGAGACCAAGGGUAUCACUCUCGAAGAAAUGGACGCGCUCUUCAUGCGCCCCAUUCACAAGGCAGUAUGGGCACAGCUCCGUGGCAAGCCUAUCCUGACCGAGGAGGUUGUAGCAAGGCAUAAGGGAUUAGAGUCUGUGAAGGAAAAGGACUUUGGCGUCGAGACAAUAGAAACCGUCAGGAGGUAA